AUGAAACCCCCAAAAUUGACGUCGGAAUUCUUCACACAUCUCCCACCGGAGACCACCAUCGAUAUCCUCUCAAGACUUCCGAUUCGAACGAUUGUCAGAUCCAAACUCGUCUGCAAAUCGUGGCGCGAUCUGCUUCGGACUCGCGAGUUCGCCGAUUCGCAUCUCUCCAGAUCAACCUCGGGCCUGGCUAUCUGCGAGUACUCAUCGGAGUUGAGGAUCUUCGAAUUCGAAGACGAACACAAUCACCAGCACCGCCACAAUCCAGUCACCGGAUUCCCUUGCCGGAAAUUCGCAACGAUCAGGCUCCCCACCGCUAUACAGGGUUCCGCCAACGGCCUGCUUUUCUCGCGCGGAAUUACCCGCCAAUUCGAUGCUCUCCACAUAUGCAAUCCAAUCACUCGUGAGUGUAUCCAGCUCCCAACCCCCGAAAACUACGUUAAUUCUCCUACAAUAGUAGCUAACGGAUUCGGGGUGAGCAAAAUUACCGGGCGGUAUAAGGUGGUUAGGGUUUCUCUCGAGUAUGAUCGCGAUCCCUAUACAUACGAAUUGGUCGGGAUUACAAAGUCUAGUUGUCACGUUUACACUCUCGGAACGGGGAAAUGGAGAAGCAUUGUUGCCUCUGUUCCCCCGUUGGGGAAUAACCAGUACUCGAUCGGGGCGUUUCUCAACGGGAGUCUCCACUGGUUCGUCGAAGAUUUCAAUGGCUCUUAUUCGAUUUCUCGCUUCGAUUUAGAGACGGAAACGUUCAGCUCGUUUGCUCUUCCUCCUCUUCGUGAAAGCGAUGUGCAUUCUCAGAUCGUGGUUGCAUUGGGGGAUUACUUAUGUGUGUGCGACAAUUUGUCCGAAGAUGAAGUUGUUGUCUGGUUGAUGAAGGAAUACGGAGACGAGAAAUCUUGGGCGAAGGAGAUUGUGAUCCGGAAACCCCAGUUUCUUCGCGGCUUUGGCGGAUUUGCUUCGAACUUUGUUUGUCCUGUCAGAAUUUUCGAACAUGGUCAUGUGUUGAUGUCUUGUUAUGCGGUGUGCUUGUUCUGCUACUCGAACGAGACCGAAACUGCUGAGCUGGCACAUAUGUUUGGAGUGUUUGAUGGACAUAGGGGCAUGCAGGUAAUGCUUCAUCGCUCGAGUUUUCUUUCGCUCAAGUGUUUCCCCAUGGAGAAUGUAACUUCAUUUUGA